UCUUCUUCUACAGAAGCAACAAACAACCCAAAAUCAACAAAAUGAUGAAAAUCUUCGUUAUCCUUUCGGCUCUGGUCGCCAUCGCCUGCGCCAAGCCCUCAGCGGCGAUAUUCGCUGCAGCCCCUGCGCCCAUCGUGACCGCUACAAGCUCGCAGUACUACCAUCGCAUCAACAACGGUCUUGCCGCGUACGUUGCCGCGCCUGCCGCCUAUGUAGCCCCCGCUGCCCCCUACGUUGCCGCCCCAUACGUCGCCGCCCCAGCUGCAUACGUUGCACCAGCGGCCCGCUACGUAGCAGCGCCUGCACCCAUCGUUGCUGUUUAAACUACCUGACCAAUUGACCACGAAAUAAAACUAUGCAAGCUUGAA